GUCCCGUUGACAACAUGGCGGCUGUGGAGAAGCAUGAGACCGAAGCUCUCAGCGAAAACAACGCGUCAACAGUCCAAGAGCGGCUCACGAAGCGGCACCAGACGCGGCAGGAGGACGCGGAGAGGCGCAGGGAGGAGAACGAGAGCCACAAACUCGCGGAGGAGAAAGCGGAUUACUUUAACAGCGAGUUUAAGAGAGAAAGAGCGGAGGUUUCGGAGCUUGUGCGGCGCGUCGGUCCCGCAGCGAACAGAGCCGAGGCCGAGCAGCUUCUGGAGCGAGCCGCCGCCAAAACCGCGCAGCUGCAGAAGUUUCUCAACGACAGCAUGUUGUUUCUGACCCAGUACGACCUGAGGCAAUCGCAGGAGGCUUUACGGAGCCUCCAGAGCGCGCUGAACGACGCCAGGGACGAGGCCAUGCCCAAGAAGAAGUUCACGUUCCGAGCGCGCAGCAAAGCCACGGAGAAAAGCGAGAAAACACCGACGGAGACUCCAACCCAAGACACGACAACGACAGACGGAGGCGGCACCGAAACGGACACGGAACAAUGCGGGUUUUCGAAUUUAAGCGACGCGAAUCUCACCAAAACCGCGGAGGAGAUCGAAAAACGAGACGUUCUCCUGACCGGGCUCAAAAACUGUAAAGUGAAGCUGUUGGGUUCGUGCGCGACGCUGCACCUGAAGCACAUCGAGUCGUGCGAGAUCCUGUGCGGGCCCGUGUCCGGCUCGGUGUUCGUGGAUCAGUGCCGGGACAGCGUGUUGGCGUUGGCGUGUCAGCAGCUGCGGACGCACAACACCAGCUCCACGCGGGUUUACCUCCACGUGACGAGCCGCGCCAUCGUGGAGGACUGCGCCGGCGUCGGCUUCGCCCCCUUCGCCUGGUCCUACCCCGGACUCGAGCGGGACUUCCUCGUGUCCGGGCUGGACCCGAGCCGGAACAACUGGAACCUCGUGGACGAUUUUAACUGGCUGGUCCCGGGAACGCAGUCGCCCAACUGGAGCGUGAUCCCCGAGGACCAGAGGAGGGACACCUGGGACUGAACCAGGACUGAACCGGGACUAAAACUAGGACUAAAACCAGGACUAAAACCAGGACUAAAACCAGGACUAAAACCAGGACUAAAACCAGGACUAAACCAAGACUAAACCAGGACUGAACCAGUACUAAACCAGUACUAAACCAAGACUAAACCAGGACUAAAACCAGGACUGAACCGGGACUAAAACUAGGACUAAAACUAGGACUAAAACCAGGACU